AUGGUGGUGGUGGUGGUGGUAAUGGUGGAGGUGGGGUGGAAGUGGAGGAGAAGGUGUCAGUGCGGUGGAGAAGACUAUGAAGAGAAAGAGUUUGGACCACUUUUGAAGUUUGAAGAGGUUAUGAGAGAGACUGAAGCUAGAGGAGCUACGCUUCCAGCUGCUAAGACCUUUGGCAUACGCAAGUUGAUUCUCCUUAGGUACUUGUUUUUGCAUAGUUCAGCUGGUCUGGUUGGUUUUGCUAUAAGAUCGUGGUCUAUGCUUCCCAACAGAAUGUUGGCUGAUCCUUCUUUCCUCUUCAAAAUAGGGACUGGGAUAGUCAUUGAUUCUUGUUGUGCCACUGUUGCUGAAGUUCAAAAGAGAGGCAAAGAUUUAUGGGCUGAGUUUGAGUUGUAUGUUGCUGAUCUUCUUGUUGGAGUUGUGGUUAACGUUUCUUUGGUCAGUAUGUUGGCUCCUUUUGUCCGUUUUGGUCAACCAUCUGCAUCCAGUGGCUUCUUAGGACCCAUGCUUAAUGCUUAUAAUGCGCUUCCUAGCAGAUUUUCUGCUCAGCAGACACUUGCUACACACUUCUACAAGUGUAUAAUGUAUGGUGCAGUUGGGUUUGGUUGUGGCAUUGUAGGUCAAGGCAUUGCUAAUCUCAUAAUGACUGCCAAACGGUAA